ACAGAUGGGGCUUGCAUGGUCUCCAGCUCCAACCUGGGUGGAGUUGAGCACCACAUCCGGACCUGCAUCCCUAAAGCAGAGCUGAUUCCUGCUGGAAAACCCUUCUACUGCCUGAGUUCAGAAGAUCUGCGGAACACACAUUGCUGCUACGUUGAUUAUUGCAAUGAAAUUGACCUAAAGGUACCCAGUGGUCACGUGAAAGAGAAUGAACCUCAGUCUAGUUGGGGCCCUGUGGAGUUAGUAGCAGUGAUUGCAGGGCCUGUCUUCCUUUUGUUUGUCAUCAUGAUCGUAGUGGUUUUCGUCUUUCACCACCACCAACGAGUUUAUCACAAUCGUCAGCGGUUGGACAUGGAAGAUCCCUCUUGUGAAAUGUGUCUGUCCAAGGAUAAGACUCUGCAAGAUCUAGUUUAUGAUCUCUCCACUUCUGGCUCUGGCUCAGGUUUGCCACUCUUUGUCCAGCGAACUGUGGCUCGAACCAUUGUCCUACAGGAGAUCAUUGGAAAAGGCCGCUUUGGGGAGGUGUGGCGUGGCAGGUGGCGUGGAGGUGAUGUGGCUGUGAAAAUCUUCUCUUCACGGGAAGAGCGCUCCUGGUUUAGGGAAGCAGAAAUAUACCAGACUGUCAUGUUGCGACAUGAGAACAUCUUGGGGUUUAUUGCUGCAGAUAACAAAGAUAACGGGACUUGGACUCAGCUGUGGCUUGUCUCUGAUUACCAUGAGCAUGGCUCUCUAUUUGAUUACCUCAACAGAUACACCGUGACCAUUGAGGGGAUGAUUAAACUGGCCCUGUCUGCUGCCAGCGGGUUGGCACACCUACACAUGGAGAUUGUGGGGACCCAGGGAAAACCAGGGAUUGCACACAGGGACUUGAAAUCCAAGAACAUCCUGGUGAAGAAGAACGGCAUGUGUGCCAUUGCUGACCUGGGUCUGGCUGUCCGGCAUGAUUCUGUUACCGACACCAUUGAUAUUGCACCAAAUCAAAGGGUUGGAACCAAACGAUACAUGGCCCCUGAGGUCUUGGAUGAAACCAUUAACAUGAAGCAUUUUGAUUCAUUUAAAUGUGCUGAUAUCUAUGCCCUUGGCCUGGUCUACUGGGAGAUUGCUCGUAGGUGCAGUUCAGGAGGUAUCCAUGAAGAAUAUCAACUCCCAUACUAUGACCUUGUGCCCUCUGACCCCUCCAUCGAGGAGAUGCGGAAGGUUGUGUGUGAUCAGAAGCUGCGCCCCAACAUCCCUAACUGGUGGCAGAGUUAUGAGGCGUUACGAGUGAUGGGCAAGAUGAUGCGCGAGUGCUGGUAUGCCAAUGGUGCAGCUCGGCUAACGGCCCUCCGCAUUAAGAAAACACUCUCGCAGCUCAGCAUCCAGGAAGAUGUGAAGAUCUAGCCCACAAGUUGCAGCAUGAGGAAGCUGCUCCAAAGCUGCCAUGAUAAUUGACGGGAUUGAGGCCUACCUCGUGUUUCUACCCAACCUACUGCUACCGACCAGACCGUGUGACCUAUGGGCUGCUAGCCAGGGAGGACAGAGUCUAUUACAAGAAAUGUUCUUUUCCUGGUUUGGGUAUGAAACAAAUAGAAACCUUUUAUAACCACCUCCUGACAGCGUGGAGACUUGAGAGGGAUUUGUGCG